UUUGUUGCUGUUGUUGUUGUUGUUUUUGUUUUUUUGGCUGCACCAGGUGGCAUGCAGGAUCUUAGUUCCCCCGCCAGGUAUGGAAGCCGUACCCCCUUGCAGUGUGAGCUCAGAGCCUUAACCCCUGGACCACCAAGGAAGCCCCUCUUUUUAUCUUUACUGUUUUAAAUAUGGCUACCAGAAAAUUUUAAAUUACCUAUGUGGCUCAAAUUCUAUUUCUAUAGGACAGUGCUGACCUAGGAAGGAGAGCUCGACUUUCAACAAGCUAAUAGGACAGAUUAAAUACUAUUUGUGCCUGCUUUCUAAUAAAUAUUCAUUUCUGAAUACGGGACAAAAUUGGGUUUGAUAUUUGCUUUCACUUAAUCUAGUGAAGAAACUGUGGAAUCCUUAUCCAUACUGUAACAAACCAGAAAGAAUUUAAAACUUUUAGGUGAUCAAAUGAUUUAGGUCAGCUGUGAACUGUGAGGUUGUAAAAGCGUUAAAUAGUAGCGAUGACUACUACUAAGCUCAUAUGCAAGAUAACAGAGAAAAUAUACUGGGUUUGAGCCAUGUAGUUUUAAAACUAUCACGUAUAUUCAUUCUAUUCGCACAACACCCUAUUAAGUAGAAACCAUCAAUAUUAAUAAUAAGUACUAUUAAUAUUAAUAGUCCCAAUUUGACUCUCUGCUGGUUUUAGCAUAACUUCAGAUUUCCCAUUUGAAAGGGCUUCAGCCGGAAUCACUUCUACCUCUGCCAGCUUCAGCUGCGGAUCCGUACGACUUCCGCCCACGCAGCGCAGCCAAUCAAGGCUGCGGGGUGAGCGACGUCACUCUCCCAAAAGUCCUCGCCAAUUCCCAGAGUACUCCUCUUCUCCGUCCUGCCUCCUUUCUAUUUGUCAGAGGCGACCGGCGGCCAUUUUAGGUUCGGGCGGAAAUCCAGUUAAGACCGUGCGGUUAAAAGCCUGAAAAUUAAAAUCAAAGCAAACUUGCAGGUUCAAGUCAGAGCCCAAGAGAAGAGACAUCUUCACUGACUAACUAGGAGGCUGGGGACAGAGAGUGAACCGCAGGGCCGGCACCCCCGCCCAUACUCAAGAUGGCGCCGUCCUGAGAAUCACCGGCGCGGCCGCCCCAUCUGGGUUCCGGGUUCUUUUGCCCCCAGUGGUGGCGUUGUAGGGCUGAAGGCUGGCAUCCUGUCCGGCUUCCGGACCCGUCUCUAUGGUGCCGGAGAGACGGGACCUCAGAAGAUUGUGGGUGUAGUGGCCAGAGUAUCACGGGGGAGGCAAGGGUGGUUGGUGUCAGCAGGGGGCGAAGAGGGGACCGAAGCUAAGAUCCUCGGCCGCCUCCCCCGCCGCCUUCCCGCAGGUGGCCCAGAAACUUGAUGUGCUGCCCAAGGAAGCAAAAGGAUGGAGGAAGAUAGGUGAACAGCAUUUUAAAGAGAAGACCAUCAUGCGUAUUCAAGUCAGAAACUGUGUACGCCACAUUUUAUGAUAGAGAGUGGAGAUGGUCUGCUUGGCUUUGAGGAGGAGCUGCAGCACCCCUGCCUCACGGCCUAAGGGAUGGGCUCAGAGAACAGCGCUUUGAAGAGCUAUGCCCUGAAGGAACCACCGUUCACCUUACCCUCUGGACUUGCUGUUUACCCUGCUGUAUUGCAGGAUGGCAAAUUCGCUUCGGUUUUUGUGUAUAAGAGAGAAAACGAAGACAAGGUUAAUAAAGCUGCCAAGCACUUGAAGACACUUCGUCACCCGUGCUUGCUAAGAUUUUUAUCUUGCACUGUGGAAGCAGAUGGUAUUCAUCUUGUCACUGAGCGAGUGCAGCCUCUGGAAGUGGCUUUGGAAACAUUGUCUUCUGCAGAGGUCUGUGCUGGGAUCUAUGAUAUAUUGCUGGCUCUUAUCUUCCUUCAUGACAGAGGACACCUCACACACAACAAUGUCUGUUUAUCAUCUGUGUUUGUGAGUGAAGAUGGGCACUGGAAGCUGGGAGGAAUGGAAACAGUCUGUAAAGUUCCUCAGGCCACACCAGAGUUUCUAAGGAGUAUUCGGUCAGUAAGGGACCCAGCAUCUAUCCCUCCUGAAGAGAUGUUUCCAGAAUUCACAACUCUGCCAGAGUCACACGGACAUGCUCGGGAUGCGUAUUCUUUUGGGACAUUGGUGGAAAGUUUGCUCACAAUCUUAAGUGAACAGGUUUCAGCGGAUGUUCUCUCCAGCUUUCAGCAGACCUUGCACUCAACCCUGCUGAAUCCCACUCCAAACUGUCGGCCAGCGCUCCACACCCUCCUGUCCCACGACUUCUUCAGGAAUGAUUUUCUAGAAGUUGUGAAUUUCUUGAAAAGUUUAACAUUGAAGAGUGAAGAGGAAAAAGCUGAAUUUUUCAAGUUCCUCCUGGACAGAGUCAGCUGCCUGUCAGAGGAAUUAAUAGCUUCACGGCUGGUGCCUCUUCUGCUUAAUCAGUUGGUGUUUGCAGAGCCAGUAGCUGUUAAGAGCUUUCUUCCCUACCUCCUUGGCCCCAAAAAAGACGGUGCGAGGGGAGGAGCCCCCCGCCUGCUCUCGCCAGCGCUGUUCCAGGCGCGGGUGAUCCCCGUGCUGCUGCGGCUGUUUGAGGUGCACGAGGAGCACGUGCGGACGGUGCUGCUGUCUCACCUGGAGGCCUACGUGGAGCACUUCACCCAGGAGCAGCUGAAGAAAGUCAUCCUGCCCCAGGUAUUACUGGGCCUGCGUGAUACCAGCGAUUCCAUUGUGGCAAUUACUCUUCACAGCCUGGCAGUGUUGGUCUCUCUACUUGGACCAGAGGUGGUUGUGGGAGGAGAAAGAACCAAGGUCUUCAAACGCACUGCCCCAAGUUUUACUAAAACUAUGGACCUUUCCGCAGAAGAUUCUCCCACGCACGUCGUCUGCAGCCAGCGCAGUCCGAUCUCGCCCGUCUUGAAGAACCCCUCCUCUAGCAUAUUCCCCAAAUGUUUUUCUGCCAACAUGCCCAUCACCAGCAAGCAGCACAUACAGCGAGAUUACUACAGUACUCUUUUACAGACAGGCGAUCAGUUUUCUCAGCCUAUUAAAUUUCCCAUCAACGGAAUCUCAGAUGUGAACAUUACCUCAGGAGACAGUGAAAAGUUCCCAUCAAGUUCUAAAAAGUCUGAGGAGUGGCCUGACUGGAGCGAUCCUGAGGAGCCUGAGAACAACACUGUCAGCAUAGAGAUCUGUCCCGCAGAACCCCAUGCUGCUGCCAGGUCCCCACUCACUAACUUGAAUGCACAGGCGGCGGCUUGGGAUGACUUUGAGCCCAGCAGCUUAGAUACUGAAAUGAACCCAGGAGGUGGAAUCACGGCUGCAAGACCUGUUACCUCAGGGGAGCAAAAGGCCACUCCUACUUUGCUUCCACUCACUGAAGAGGCCAAGCCUUUGAAAUCAAGCCUACCCCAAAACACCAGUCUUGUACGAAGCAGGGAUGACCCAGACCAAACCAAGCCACCAAAAGUGUUGUCACAAGAAAGGCGCCUUAAAGUUCCAUCAGAACUUGGUUUAGGAGAGGAGUUUACCAUUCAGGUGAAAAAGAAGCCAGUAAAAGACCCAGAGUUGGAUUGGUUUGCUGAUAUGAUCCCAGAAAUUAAGCCUUCAGCUGCUAUUCUUAUUUUACCUGAACUGAGGACAGAAACAGUAGCUCCCACCAAGGAUAAUGUCUCAUCAGUGAUGCACUUUUCCUCAAAAUUUGCUGCAGCAGAAAUUACUGAGGUUGCCCUUGGCUUGCUUUCUCUUGUUGCAGGGAGAGUCUGCAGGCUGGGGAGAAGACGGCGAUCUGAACUGGGAAGACAAUAACUGGUGACAACGGGUGUGAGUUAAUCUUUAGGAAAAUGGAUUCCUUUUUUAAAAAAUCAAACUAAUACCUCAAAAGCAGGCUCUGCAGACAAGAAAACCCAAAAGCAUCCUGUUUUUCUCAUACCAGGAGCUCUUUUUCCAGUCAGUGCCAACGGAAGUGUGAGACCUGGCGUGCUGGCGGGGAGCCCUGGGCGGUGCAGAGGUUCCCAGCCCUUCUCAGAGGAGGAGGCUGUGUGUCUGACUGAGGCCAGUUUCUGUGAAGAGCAAGUGGCUGUGGAAAGGUUAAACUUACUGCUUUUUUCCAGAACAAUUCUGGAAGUAAAGAAAAUACAAAAACUCCUCAAGCUGAUUAGCUUAAUUUUUUGUGCUAUUAUUUCUUUGUCAGAAGAGUAAGCUCUAUUAUGAAAUCAACUUACUGAAAAAAUUUUAGCUAUAAAGUAUAUAAAUGAUUUUAAAUUGCUAAGGUUUCCUUAGGCAGCUUAUUUGUUUGUUUACAGAUGUACUAUCUAUCUGAGUGAGUUACCGACUGUUCCUGUAUUAUUACCUUUUACCAAAGCUCUUCAUGAGACAUAUGCCCCACCAUCCUGUUCUCUAAAUGUCCAAUAAAGACUAUUUUAACUAGA